UCAAACGGCCACAUAUAACCAACCAAUGACCAGUGUCCAAAAUUAGGGACCAACAAUAGCAUCUUAUCCUCUUCAUCCGCGCUCCCAACCCCUUCCCUCUACGGCGGCGCGUGUAUGGAAGACCUCACCUCCAAACUCCAUUACUGGCUAGUCGACCAUCCAACCAUCACCAACUUCCAGUGGAAACCCAACCAAACAUGGGGCGCCUCCCCUCUCUUCCUCUCCAUAACCCUCCUCACCUACCUCCUCCUCACUUUCACCCUCCAACAUGCCCAUCUCCCCACCCUCAAUUCCACCUUCCUCCGCCUCAUCUCCGCCCUCCACAACCUCAUCCUCCUCAUCCUCUCCCUCAUUAUGGCCGUCGGAUGUUCCCUCUCUACCUACUCCCAGAUGCCCAACCACCGGUGGAUCUUCUGCUUCCCACCCAAUUCAACCCCUCCACAAGGCCCUGUCUUCUUCUGGGCUCAGAUCUUCUACUUCUCCAAACUUCUUGAAUUCAUCGACACGCUCCUCAUCAUUCUCAGCGGCAGCAACCGACGGCUUUCCUUCCUCCACGUCUACCACCACACGGUGGUCGUCGUAAUGUGCUAUGUAUGGCUCUCCACAUCGCAGUCGCUGCUCCCGGUGGCGCUUGUAACCAACGCAUCCGUCCACGUGCUAAUGUACGCAUACUACCUGCUGUGUGCACUUGGGUGGCGUCCAUGGUGGAAGGUUUUGGUCACCAACUGUCAGAUCGUCCAAUUCGUCUUCAGCUUCAUGGUAUCCGGUCUGAUGCUGUAUUACCAUUAUACCGGGUCGGGUUGCUCCGGAUUCUAUGGCUGGUGCUUCAAUGCCGUUUUCAACGCCUCCCUGUUAGCCCUUUUCAUCAACUUCCAUUUCAAGAAUUACGCCAAGAGGAAGAAACCCCACGACGACACUAAAACCAAAAGCCUCUGAUUUCCUUACCCAUCACCAUUGAUGCACAAUGUACGCUUGCUAAUAACAAACCGUAAUUGGUUUUUGGGUCUUCCUUAUUUUACAAUUUUGAACGAUUUUUGUUGUGAUUUAUGCACGAAAACAUGAAUGAAUGUUUGAUUAUGCUAAAA